GGGGCCUCCUCACGCCGCCCGCCGCGUGCCCUCCCUCAAAUGUUGAGCGCCGCUUGUCGCGCCGUGGCUCGCGCAGCGGCCCGCAGCGCCCGAACCGCCCGCGGAGCUGCCCGUAUCCGCAGCCCUCGAGCCCCGGCCGCCGCCGCCGCCGCCGCCGCCGCGAUGUCCCGCGCCGCCCGCGCCGCCUCGUCGGCGGCCCGCGCCGUGCCGGCCUCGGUGCUGGGCACGAUGGAGAUGGGCCGGCGCAUGGACGGGUCGGCCAGCACGGCCGCCGUGCACGCCUUCCUGGAGCGCGGCCACCGCGAGCUGGACACGGCCUUCAUGUACUGCGACGGCCAGUCCGAGAGCAUCGUGGGCAGCAUGGGCCUGGGGCUGGGGGACGGCGGCAGCCGAGCGAGAAUUGCUACCAAGGCCAAUCCCUGGGAUGGGAAGUCUCUCAGUGCUGAGAGUGUCCGGUCCCAGCUGGAGACCUCCCUGCAGAGGCUGCAGUGCUCCCGCGUGGACCUCUUCUACCUGCACGCACCGGACCACAACACACCUGUGGAGGAGACUCUGCGUGCCUGCAAUGAACUGUACCAGGAGGGUAAGUUUGUAGAACUGGGCCUCUCUAACUUUGCCGCCUGGGAAGUAGCUGAGAUCUGUACCCUCUGCAAGAACCAUGGCUGGGUCCUUCCCACUGUGUACCAGGGCAUGUACAAUGCCCUCACCAGACAAGUGGAGACGGAGCUGUUCCCCUGCCUACACCACUUCGGAUUGCGCUUCUAUGCUUACAACCCUUUGGCUGGUGGCCUCCUGACCGGCAAGUACAGAUAUGAAGACAAGGACACGAAGCAGCCUGAGGGCCGAUUCUUUGGGAACAGCUGGUCAGAGACGUACCGUAACCGCUUCUGGAAGGAGCAUCACUUCCAGGCCAUUGCCCUUGUGGAGAAAGCUCUGGCAGCAGCCUACAGUAACGAGCCUCCCAGCAUGACCUCGGCAGCCCUCCGAUGGAUGUACCACCACUCCCAGCUCCAGGGUGGCCGCGGAGACGCCGUUAUCCUGGGCAUGUCCAACCUGGAGCAGCUGCAGCAGAAUUUGGUGGCCUCAGAGGAGGGUCCACUGGAGCCUGGGGUGGUGAAGGCCUUCGAGCAGGCCUGGCACCUCGUGGCCCACGAAUGCCCCAACUACUUCCGCUAGCUACAGCCUGACCGAUUCUGGCCGGGCCCGUGCCCUUGGCCUUGUCAGCCCACCUUUGCCUUAACCUGCCGAGCUCGGCCUUUCAGAUUGUGCCCAUCCCGAGUCCUGGUUUUCCUGGAUCCUUCCUGGAAGGGAGACCUCUGGCCUCCUGCCCUGUUGUUGCUGUUAAGGACCAGGACCGAGAUCUGUCCUGUCCUGUCGGAAUAAAAGCAACUGUUGCACAA